GCCGCUCAAGUCGACAGACGAAUGAGCUUCUCAGCUCAGCUGGACUAUGGCCCGAGCUGGUGAAGCACACAAAUAUUUCGUCUUGAUUGUAUGCGGACUGGAAGUGUCGGCAAAUGUUUUUGUUAUUGUUAUGGUUUGCAUGGCGCAGGCAACAAGUCGAGAGAGAUGUGGAAUGACUGAGCUGGAUCGAGGUGCAGUGCCGGUAACCGGUUUCAGCUGCCAGCCAUGGAGUUCCCCGGGUCGCCAAAACUGUAUGCGAGGGAACCGAUCUAUAAACUGUGUCAAAACACCUCACAGAUCUCAGAUCGCAGCUAUGGCAAUGUCGGAAGACAAUCAGCUCGGGCCAUAAGCAGGCAAACAAGUGGGGGAAAUUGAGACAAACAGCUGAGGCUCACAUUUUGUGUCAACAACUAUUUGGGGCCUCACUUCUGAAUACCGUUUCGGGUACGUACACCCCCGCCGUGCCACUAAUUGUGAAUUGUGAAUUUGGCUCACGCGUUGGCGGCGGCAGUAAAAUCUCGUCUCGCUUUAAAUAUUUAUUUAUUUGUUGUGUCUACUUAUUUUUCGUGAAUCUUACAAAAUGUGCGAGACAAUGCAUAACAAAUAACUUCCGUUUAGCGGAGCACCCGGAGAGGUCGGCCGGGACUGAUUGUAUUAUGCAAAUCAAGCGGAAUCAGCCAAAGCCAAAGCCGAAGCUGAAGCUGAAGCUGAAGAAGCCAUCUAAUUUAAUCAGCGUCAAGUGCACUUAAUUCACAUUCAUAUUCACAUUCAUAUUCAUAUUCACAUUCUCACAUUCACUUUACAGUUCCCUUUGGCACGACUUUGCUGAUCUGCCUUUGCGCCCAUAGCCCAUCUUAAUAAACAUUUAAUUUUUGUUAUUUAACAAUUGUGUUAUGCACUCACUAAUGCCCGACUAUCAUCAAGUCAUCUGUGGGGACUUUUUCUAACUUA